AUGGCUUCGCUCGCAAAGGGCCGACCCUCGCGCCGCGCCGCUGCGCGCCGGAGCUAUGUGGUUGAAGAGACCUCUGAAUCCGAGGACCCUGGCAAUGUAACACCCACGCCCGAGACACACAACGACGAUGACGAUGAGAGUUCAGAAGAGGAGGACUAUACCCCAAUUCCUAACAAGGCAAAGCGCGCACCAGGGAAGCGGAUGACUCUUGACCCCGUCACACCCGCCACAGUGCGACCUGCGCAAAAGUCCCGAAGGUCGGUCGCAUCGGUCGCAUCAACCGAAGACGAGUCAGAUGCCUCUCAGGCCAGUGAUAUAGACGACAAUGACGAGAAUGAGGAGAGCUUUGCUUCAGUCGCGGUGGACCCGGACUCUCCAUCGAACCAGGCGGCGUUGAAGAGAAAAAGUAUCGAGCCCGCGGAGGCUGAUCCUGAUUCUCCUUCGAACAAGGCGGCGUUGAAAAGACAAAGUAUGGCUGCUCCCCGCAAGAGUCGUGGCUCAAUCACGCCCAAGCCGACAAAGGGCUCACUUCCCACUCCAGAGCCGUCCGCGUCGCCAGAGCCAACUUCAGCACGCGCACAUCGGGAAAGUGUGCCGCCCCUCUCCGAUAUCACUGAAUCCGCUGUCAACAACUCGUCGCCGUCCAAGCAAACCGAAGAUCCCAAAUCCCAAAUCUCGAUCAUCAACCCGAACUCGACCGUCUUGGAGAAACCGAUGGACAUCGUGAUGAAGUCGAGGAAUAUGGCAAUUCCAGCACCGGAGGAGCCAGCAGAGGCAAAGCCCCGGAUGAUCAUCGAAAACUUGAUUCUGACCAACUUUAAGAGUUAUGCCGGUAAACAGGUUGUUGGCCCAUUCCAUGCUUCUUUCUCGUCAGUCGUCGGUCCCAAUGGUUCGGGCAAGUCCAAUGUCAUUGAUUCACUACUCUUUGUGUUUGGCUUCCGUGCUAGCAAGAUGCGACAGGGCAAGAUUUCGGCACUCAUCCACAAUUCGGCCCAAUAUCCAGACCUGCCAUUCUGUGAAGUGGAGGUGCACUUCCAGCAAGUUCUGGACCUCCCAGAAGGUGGCCAUGAGGUGGUUCCGGAUUCUCACUUGGUAAUUUCGCGACGAGCCUUCAAGAAUAACAGCAGCAAGUAUUACAUGAACAAGAAAGAAACAAACUUCACUGCCGUGACCACCUUCCUCCGUGAACGGGGGAUUGAUCUUGACCACAAGCGAUUCCUGAUCUUGCAAGGUGAAGUCGAAUCCAUCGCUCAAAUGAAGGCCAAGGCUACUGGUGAGCAUGACGAAGGUCUUUUGGAGUACCUGGAGGACAUCAUUGGAACAUCCAAGUAUAAGACCCCAAUCGAUGAGGCAGCCACCGAAUUGGAAACUUUGAACGAUGUCUGUGUUGAGAAGAAUAAUCGAGUUCAGCACGUUGAAAAAGAAAAGACAGCACUGGAAGACAAGAAGAACAAAGCCCUUGCCUACAUUCGUGACGAAAACGAGCUCGCCGACAAGCAAUCCGCUCUCUAUCAGAUUUAUAUCGAUGAAUGUGCCGAUAAUGUCCGCGUCACCGAAGAAGCAAUCCUUCAAAUGCAAGAGCUGUUGAAUAUGGAACUUGAGAAACACGAAGGAAAUGAGUCGGGCAUUAAAGAGCUUGAAAAAGCCUACAAGCGCGGGGUUCGAGAAUAUGAAAGUAUGGAGAAGGAAUCCCAGAGCUUGACGAAAGAAAUGGCAAAGUACGACAAGGAGACUGUCAAGUUCGAGGAAAAGAAGAAGUUCUUGCUGGGCAAGCAAAAGAAACUCGAGAAGACGAUGCAGACUAGUCGCCUUGCUGCCUCUGAAUGUCAGAGCCUGCUAGAAGAAGAGAUGAAUUUGGAAGAGGAAGAGUUGAACUCGAUCCGAGAGAGCUUGAAGGGCAAGACUGAAGGUCUUUCAGACCAAAUUACCAUCAAGCAAAAAUCUCUGGAGCCAUGGAACGAGAAAAUCAAUCAAAAGCAGUCCUCCAUGGCUGUUGCGCAGAGCGAGCUUGACAUUCUACAUGAACGCAGCAAUGCCGGGGCUGUCUUGCUGGAAGAGGCUCAUGGCAAGAUCGCGACCAUCGAGGAGACUCUGGAAACCAAACAGAGUGAACUUGAAGAACGCCAAGCUCAGAAAGAGACCCUGGAAGCAGAAGUGGAGAAGCUUAAAGGUGACUUGAAGAAGUACUCUGCUCGUGAGCCCGAGGUUCGUUCGCACGUUUCCAGCGCACGACAAAAAGCCGAUGAGGCACGCGUGAGCCUCGCAAACACACAAAAUCGUGGCAGCGUUUUAACAGGAUUGAUGCGGCUCAAGGAGUCGGGCCGAAUCGACGGUUUCCACGGUCGCCUGGGUAACCUUGGGACCAUCGAUGAGAAAUACGAUGUGGCCAUCUCUACUGCUUGUCCAGCUCUUGAUAACAUGGUGGUUGAGACUGUUGAGGUUGGCCAACAGUGCAUUGACUACUUGCGCAAGAACAACCUUGGUCGUGCCAAUUUCAUCCUUCUCGACCGCCUUCCUCGGCGUGACAUGUCGACAAUUUACACACCUGAGAGUGUUCCACGUCUCUUUGACCUCGUGAAGCCCAAAGAUCCCAAGUUCGCUCCGGCAUUUUACAGUGUGAUGCAGAAUACUUUGGUUGCAAAUGACCUUGAACAGGCGAACCGCAUUGCUUACGGUGCUAGACGGUGGCGAGUAGUGACUCUGGAUGGUCAAUUAAUUGAUGUCUCUGGUACCAUGAGUGGUGGAGGUACUCGUGUCGCACGUGGUGCUAUGUCAUCCAAGCAAGUUGCAGAUACCACCAAAGAGCAAGUCGCUCGUCUGGAGUCCGACCUGGAGGAGCUGGAACGAAAAUUCCAACACUUCCAGGACAAGCAACGAAACAUUGACGCCAUGAUGCGUGAGAAGACCGAGGAGAUUCCGCGCGUUGAGACCAAGAUUCAAAAGAUCAUGAUCGAAAUCGAUAGUGCCAAGCGCAGUCUCGCUGAUGCCCAACGACGAGUGAAGGAAAUUAGCGCAGAGCACAAGCCUUCCAAGUCCGACCAAUCCCAGGCUGCUGCCCUCGAGAGGCAAAUUGAAGCCAUGAAUAAUGAGAUUGAGGAGCUCAAUAGCGAGAAGAGCGGCAUCGAAGAGGAGAUUCAGGAAUUACAAAGCAAGAUCAUGGAAGUUGGUGGUGUUCGUCUUCGUGGCCAGAAGGCAAAGGUUGACGGCCUGAAGGAGCAAAUCAACAUGCUGAACGAGGAGAUCUCCAAUGCAGAGGUCCAAAAGUCUAAGAACGAGAAGCUGAUCACCAAGCAUUCUAAGGCUCGCGAUAGUUCCGCGAAGGAAAUUGGCCAAAUCACAGAGGACUUAGAAAGCCUCGAGGCAGAUGUGGAGAACCAAGCCAACGAUGCUUCUGAAUGGAGACAAAAGGCCGACGAGGCUCAAGAAGCCCUUGAAACCAAGAAGGAGGAACUCAAGACUCUCAAGACGGAGCUUGACGAUAAGGUGGCUGAGCUCAAUGAGACCCGUGCUACUGAGAUCGAAAUGCGAAACAAGCUUGAGGAGAACCAAAAGGCACUUUCUGAAAACCAGAAACGUAGUCGUUACUGGGAGGAGAAGUUGUCUAAGCUUUCCUUGCAAAAUGUCAGUGAUUUGGGCGAGGAGCCAGCAUCUACUGAGCUUCAGACCUACACCAAGGACGAGCUGGACGCCAUGAACAAAGAGUCACUCAAAGCCGUCAUUGCUGCGUUGGAAGAAAAGGUCCAGAAUGCUUCGGUUGAUCUCUCAGUCAUUGACGAAUACCGUCGGCGUGCCGCGGAACAUGAGUCUCGGUCCGCAGAUUUGGCUACUGCCCUUGCGUCUCGAGACGGCGCGAAGUCGCGACUUGAUGGUCUUCGGUCCGCCCGCCUUAACGGUUUCAUGGAAGGAUUUGGCAUCAUCUCUCUCCGUUUGAAAGAAAUGUACCAGAUGAUCACAAUGGGCGGUAAUGCUGAAUUGGAACUGGUCGACUCAUUGGACCCCUUUUCUGAAGGUAUUUUGUUCUCGGUCAUGCCUCCGAAGAAGAGCUGGAAGAAUAUUGGCAACUUGUCGGGUGGUGAGAAGACGCUAUCAAGUUUGGCUCUUGUAUUUGCUCUUCACCACUAUAAGCCGACGCCGCUCUAUGUCAUGGAUGAGAUUGAUGCUGCUUUGGAUUUCCGAAACGUCUCAAUUGUGGCCUCUUACAUUAAGGAGAGGACCAAGAACGCGCAAUUCAUUGUCAUUUCUUUGCGAAACAACAUGUUCGAACUUGCGUCUCGUCUUGUUGGAGUCUAUAAGGUCAAUCAUAUGACCAAGAGUGUUACGAUAGAAAACAGAGACUACAUCGAGGGUCGGUAA